AUGCUUACUGCCAAUCCUCUCGCAGCUUUGGUAACACGGACAGGCCUGACUAACGGGUGGAGUGACCCUUCAGAGCUCCCCCCCCUUUUUUUGUCACUAAUGAAUGCCACUCUGCUAAUUGGUUUUACCCGAAGAAUUAUGUAGGAUGUUUUCUCCCUGGGCACGUCGUGUUUCUUCGCCUGCGAUUUAUAUCUUGCUUAUUGAUGCGGGCGUGAACGAAUGAAAAUACACCCUGGCCAUGGUUAUCUUUCACACAACGGCUAAUCAAUCAUCUUGCUUGUUGUCGAACUUGCUUCAUUCAACCUGCAUGCUGAUGAUAUUGCUUAAGGGGGGGCUGAUGGGGGGAGGAGAAUGAGGUAAGGUAAAAGGUAAAGGACCCCUGGACAGAUUAAGUCCUGUCAAAGGCAAAUAUGGGGUUGCAUCGCUCAUCUCGCUUUCAGGCUGAGGGAGCAGGUGUUUGUCCACAGACAGCUUUCUGGGACAGCAGGACUAUGUGGUAUGUAAAGUUGCAGUCAAGUGCAACAUUCUGACAGAGGACUAACGGCCUCCAUGUUCUAACCGGUUGCUGCGACAACCAGUUUGUUGGUUGCUGGUAGUUAAGAAAGAUAACUGCUCAGUUGCAGUCACCUCAGGACCAACUUCCCUCUGGUAGAGUUUAUUUGCUUGUUACGUAACCUAAGCCUGCCUUCAGGUAAAGUUAAAGGUAAAGGUAAAGGGACCCCUGACCGUUAGGUCCAGUCGUGGCCGACUCUGGGGUUGUGGCGCUCAUCUCGCUUUAUUGGCCAAGGGAGCCAGCAUACAGCUUCCGGGUCAUGUGGCCAGCAUGACUAAGCCGCUUCUGGUGAACCAGAGCAGCACACAGAAACACCGUUUAUCUUCCUGCUGGAGCGGUACCUAUUUAUCUACUUGCACUUUGACUUGCUUUUGAACUGCUAGGUUGGCAGGAGCUGGGACCGAGCAAGGGGAGCUCACCCUGUUGUGGGGAUUCGAACCGCCAACCUUCUGAUUGGCAAGCCCAAGAGGCUCGGUGGUUUAGACCACAGCACCACCUGCUCCAUAAAUGAGGUAGAGGAAAGAGGCCAGUUCCUAGUUUACAUUGGUGCAUCUAGCUCAGUAGUCUAGACUCUGCACUGACUGGCAGUGACUUUCCAGGGUUUCAGCCUUACCUGAAGACACCAGGAAUUCAACCUAGAACCCUUUUGCAUGUAAAGUGUGUGCUCCACCAUCGAGAUAUGGACCUUCAUGUUCUAUAGGACCCCUGCUAUGAAUGUUCUAAAGAACCCUGGCUUUCAAAGGACUCUUUGUUGGAGACAUCUUCUAGUUCUGUUUGCCUCUGCUAAAUGGCUUCAUAUCUGUUCUUGUAUCCAGUCCUCCUCUGCUCCCACCCUACCAUGAUUCAUUGGACUUAUCUCUGUCUGCUUCAAGGAAGCUACCUUGAAUGGAGUCAGACAUCUGAAGGCAACCCUGUAUUGGGAAAUUCUUAAACAUCUAAUGUUUUACCAUUUUUAUGUGCUGUAAGCUGCCCAGACUGGCUGAGGAAACUCAGCCAGAUGGGUGGGGUAUAAAUAAUAAAAUUAUUACCAUCAUUAUUAUUAUCAUUGCUCUGUCCUGCCAACAUUGAUUGGAAGUGGCACUCCAAGAUUUCAGGUGGAGAAUCUCUCGCAGCCAGGGAUUGAAUUUGGGGUCUUCUGCAUGCAUAAAAGUUGCUCCACCACAAACGGCAGCCCUUCCAUGUAUCUUGCUGCCAGGGAUUAAAAGUACAAACUGAGUUUCAUUUUUCAGAUUGCUCCAGAAAGCGUGAAUUAGGUAGGAUCACCUUUAAACCAAAUUGAUUUUCUCCUCCAACCCUAGUUAUCUUCAUGAACUUGUCUGUCAUCCUUGGGCAGGGGCCGUGCCAACCUGCACCAUCCCAGUGUUUGCAUCUAUGCUGCCAAGGCAUGUUUCAUCCAGAACAUGGAGUAAAGGCAUCUCUGAUUAAGGCCUCCUUGCAUGGUUCCGUUUUGCCUGAAAUCCUAUUCCGUCUUUCCACAAAAGUUUUUUCUUCUUCUCUCUUUCUCUGUUCUGUUCAUAAAUUUAAUUCCCAGCCCUGGGAUUUUUGUCUUGCUUUUUUUUUAGUUCUGAUGAGAGUGAACAGCUGGCUUGUACUGUGGAUUUUGUUGACAGCAUUCAGUUGUUACUCUUUUUUUUUUUGGUCAGACGGAGCCUGCGUCGCUUUGUCUGGCUACUGUCUGACAUGUCAACUUACACACUGCUCCAGCCCCCAGCUGUUGCCUCCUUUCAUGCUAUGGAUCGCACUUUGCAUUAGAUUUAAACGUGCCUUCAGAAAAUAGUAAUAAUAAAAAUGUCGGCAGAGCUGAUCAGUUGCCACAGCAACCUGUAAAAUGGGAGAAAUCUGAUCCUGGAGCAGCCAAGAACUUUGUUGGAAAGGAUUUCUGCAUAUGCAUUUGAGGGCACACUUAUCGGCCCAUCUUGAAAGUGAUCAUAAUGGCAGCUGAAGAGGCACUGCUUUGAACACUGAAAAUGCAAUGAAAACCUUGAUUUACUUAAGGGAAAAACACAACUUCAAAACCCCGUUAAACUUUUGAUGUGUGUUACAAAGACUUUGGGAAGUGUCUCGACACAACAUUUUGCCUCCAAGGAUGGUGGGACAAAUGAAAGUAAAAGAAAGAAUAGAUAAUUCUGUUGUUGUUUUUUACUUCUGUUCACGCUAUUUUUCCUUGUUGUUGUUUAGUCGUUUAGUCGUGUCCGACUCUUCGUGACCCCAUGGACCAGAGCACGCCAGGCACUCCUGUCUUCCACUGCCUCCCGCAGUUUGGUCAAACUCAUGCUGGUAGCUUCGAGAACACUGUCCAACCAUCUCGUCCUCUGUCGUCCCCUUCUCCUUGUGCCCUCAAUCUUUCCCAACAUCAGGUUCCAGGGAGUCUUCUCUUCUCAUGAGAUGGCCAAAGUAUUGGAGCCUCAGCUUCACGAUCUGUUCUUCCAGUGAGCACUCAGGGCUGAUUUCCUUAAGAAUGGAGAGGUUUGACUCUCAAGAGUCUCCUCCAGCACCAUAAUUCAAAAGCAUCAAUUCUUCAGCGGUCAGCCUUCUUUAUGGUCCAGAUCUCACUUCCAGACAUCACUACUGGGAAAACCAUAGCUUUAAAUAUAUGGACCUUUGUUGGCAAGGUGAUGUCUCUGCUUUGUCAUUGCUAUUUUUCCUUAACUGAGACCAAUUCAUACUUGGCACAGUGUCUGAUUGCGCAAACAACUUCACCAAUAUAUUUUCUUCAGGUUUCCACCAUUGAUUUUCCAAUUUAACUGAGCAGCCUGGAAGCCACUGUGGAAUGUAUCUUCCUUGGACUGCUUGGACGGCAAUUACCCUAGGAGAGGCAAAUAAGAAUGCCCUGGGGUGGUUUCCGGUUAGCAUGGCAGGCACCCCAUCCAAUACCCUCAUCUCACUAUGGAACGGUCAGAUGAGAAGAGCUAUCAAUGUGGAUCAUCCUGAGCACCCUCUCCAGCUCUGUGGAGUUCAGCUGUCUCAUUGCUUUCCAGGAGAGUUUCAAGCGAUGAAACUGGACCACAGCUUGAGUUGAAGAUGGGAGGUGGAGCAAGCUUGUUUUCUUCUGCUCCGAAGGGUGGAACCUGAACCCACAGCUUCAGGUUACAAGAAAGGAGAUUCCAACUAAACAUCAGGAAGACCUUUCUGAUGAUGAAAGUUGUUUGACAGUGAAACGGUCUCCUUUGGGAGGUGGUGGAAUCUUCUUCCUUAGAGGUUUUAAAGCAGAGGCUGGAUGACCAUCUGUCAUGGAUGCUAUAGUUGACAUUCCUGCAUGGGGUGGGGUUGGACUUGAUGACUCUUUGGGUCCCUUCCAACUCUACAUUUCUGUGAUUAUCAGUCAGGGGACUCUGGAUCUGAGAAGUAGAUAAACAACCUAUUCUGGAAGGGGUUGUUCUUCCUGUGAAUGACCAGGUAUGUAGUCUGGGGUACUCCUUGAUUCAACUUUGACACUGGACACCUAAGUUGCUGCAAUGAUCUGGAGUGCAUAUUUCCACUCCAUGCCCAAGUGAGCUCCCAAUUAGACUACUAUGAUGUGCUCUGCACGGGGCUGCUCCUGAAUAUAUAUUGCUGCUAGUGCAAAAUGCGGCCGACAGAGUUUUGACUCAUCAAGGCGAUGUGAGAUCAUAUAGCACUAUAGUCCUUAAAGAUCUGCAGUUCAAGGUGAUGGAUUUGAGGUAUAAAGUCCUAAACAGCUUAGGACUCAGCUACUGUCCUGAGCAUGGUUUCAGAUUCCACCACCAAGUGAAAUCCAGGCUACUCAUGGUUCCCACACCACUAAGUUAAUACCAGAAAGGACCAGAAAGGAUUGUUCAAUGCUUGGCCCUUAUUUAAAGCAUCAUUGAGAAGUUGUGAGGGGAUACAGAAGUUCUCUCUGUGGUCUUGACAGUGAUGAGUCCUUCACACCACCAACCUUUUAGCAUUCAGCACAUGAUGAACCAGCAUGCAUUUAUUGACUGGAAGACAAUUAUCAAAAUGAGCUAAGCGAUUUUACACAAAGUACAGAGAAAGCAAUCUUCAAGGUUCUUUUUUUUAAAAAAAAUGGAGCCAUUUAAUGCUCAACAAUGCGUCUUUGUUUUGCACUUAAAUCCCCACUAAAGCUCCUAGUUGCAAAAGUUAAAUCGUGAGAUUUCCCCUCCCCUAACUAAUGAUUUCACCAUUUUUUAAUGGGAGAACAGGGCUGUUACACGUGUCCUCAUUUUCACCUGUGAAAUGGGUCCAGGCCAGGAGGCAAGGCAGAAUUAGCUAGGUUUGGAAACAAGAAGACAAAGGGCAGGAUUCCCCUACUGAGCUCUGUUAGGGGCUGCCUUAUACUCCAUAUAUCGUUUGCUUUCUGAGCAGGAUAUAUACAUCUUUACUGAAUGUCCACUUAUUAGGGUUUUAGCCUUGUUUUAAAUGCAUGUGUUUUUGUGUGUUUUUUCAACUGUUUUUAAUUAUUGUUAGGUGUAAAUCACUUUCACAUGGUGGUUUAGAAGGUGAUUAAUAAAUUAUUUGUAAUAAUAAUAAUAAUAAUAAUAAUAAUAAUAAUUUCAGUACUGUCUACACCAGGUAUCUUUGACCUUUUAGACCCACAACCCACUUUUAACCCAAACAUUUGGGGUUCUGCUUUCUUAAUCUUGCCUGGUGGUAGUGCUUGGAUUAAGCCAUAACCCCCGAGGGAGCGGGUGGCGAUGUGGUCUAAACCACGGAGCCUCUUGGGCUUGCCGAUCAGAAGGUUGGCAGUUUGAGUCUGCCCAAUGUGGUGAGCUCCCAUUGCCCUGUCCCAGCUCCUGUCAACCUAGUAGUUCAAAAGCAGACCAGUAUGAGUAGAUAAAUAGGCACCUCUCUGGCGGGAAUGUAAAUGGUGUUUCUGUGUGCUCUGGUACUCGGCAAGAUGCUCUGCCAUUGAGUAAUGGGCCUUCCCCAAAAACGGACUGGAAAAAAAAAUCUUCUCUGUCCCUAAACACCCCAGAUCUGUUUGUUAAGCAUACGGCAUCAAGCCUUGAGGCAUGUGACCUGACAGAGCAUUGGUGCAAUGUGUUCCCACCACAACCCCAGAGGACUGAUUUUUUAAAACCCCAAAGUUUUCAUUGAAAGAUUCUCCUCUAAACCAAGAAGCCAUUAGCGGAGGUUAUCAGAGUUUACUAAGCAGACUACCUACCUACUCAAAGGCAAGGCUGUCUUAUCCUGAAUGCGCAUUUCCUAUAGACGCUCAAAUAAUACACAACACCAAUUAGCAUUAAUGAGAGCUUAAAUCACCCCAUGCUGAGAUACGAAUAUAUAUAAUAAGCACUGUGAGCUCGAGGAGGAAAAUGUGUUGAGGUAAAUCUAAAUGAGGAAAUGGUAAUGCAGAUCAGAAAUGGUGGUAUUUGUAGACCUGGAUAACAAACCACAGAGAGGGGAGCAAAAGGCAUCUGCUGGCAGAAACUUCAAGCCAGGGCUGGAUCCAGGUUUGAGGGAACACAUGGCAAAGGGCCCUCCAGCAGAACCUGCCUACAUCAGAGGGUCUCCUGUCAGGAGAAGGGUUGCAGCUUAGUGGUAGAGCAUCUGCUUUGCAUACAGAACGUCCCAGGUUUGAUUCCCAGCAUCUCCAAGUUGGACUGGGAAUGUGUCGGGUCUGAAAUCCUGGAGAGCCAGCACCCGUCAGUGUACAAAAUACUGAGCUAAAUGGACCGUUGAAGCACUAAGAGCGGUAGUCUGAUAAUCUGGGGAACCGGAUUCGCGUCCCCACUCUGCAUGCAGCUGCUGGGUGACCUUGGGCCAGUCACACUUCUCUGAAGUCUCUCAGCCCCACUCACCUCACAGAGUGUUUGUUGUGGGCGAGGAAGGGAAAGGAGAAUGUUAGCUUCUUUGAGACUCCUUCGGGUAGUGAUAAAGCGGGAUAUCAAAUCCAAACUCUUCUUCUUCUUCUACUAUAGCCAGCACCAGGUAGAUAGGUGGCAGGGGUUGCCAUUUUAAUUUCCCACAAUGCACUUCAUGUAGGCACUGUGAAGCCCUGAGCUGGCUCAACCAGUGCAGGUCAGAGCACAUGAAAAAGCAUAGCUAGGUGGCUCCAGAUCAGGCCUUUUCUGGUGGGCACUGCCAGGGUGCAAAUAUCUCACAGACAAGAGGUUAUCUCGGGCUUUACUGAUCUGGCACCCUACCAGAUAUUUGGACUACCAAUAUUUGGCCCACCGAACCCUAUAGCACUCUGCCUCCAACAAAGUUUGAGAAGCCAGGCAUCACACAGCAGCAUGGAAAUGGACCAAAGGACUUCUGAAAACAUUCCUUCUGUCUUUGGAAAGGCUUUACUCCUGUCACAGAGCUAAAAUGCCCAGAGUGGUUCAACAAUCAGUCCCUCUUUCCGGGGAACAUUGUAGCUCCCUGAAGGGGAAUUGGGGAUCCACUAUUUAAUCUCAGAAGCCUUAACAAACUACCAUCCCCAUGUUUCCAUACACUCCAAGUGUCCUCAUUUUCCAGGAACAGUGCUGGUACAGUGGUACCACAGGAUGCGAACAGGAUCCGUUCCGGAGCCCCGUUUGCAUCCAGAAGCAAACGUAACUAGCGAUGGCAUGUCUGCACACGUGUGCGUCGCUUUUUGCCGCUUCUGCGCAUGUGCGUGACGUCAUUUUGAGCGUCUGCGCAUGCUCUAGCAGUGAAAGCCGGAAGUAAUGUGCUCCGUUACUUCUGGGUUGCCAUGGAGCGCAACUCGAACGUGCUCAACAUGAAGCAUAUUCAACCCGAGGUAUGACUGUAUUGUAGAAGCCUUCUCGGUUUCGGAUCUGAUCCUGGAAUGCCCUACUUUCUCUUUUUCCUCCGCGCCAUGUCUCAGAGACCAAUUAAAAGUGUGUGCAGUGGUGGAGAAACCCUCUCUGGCAUCCGGGGCAGGAUGCCGAGGGUGGGGCAAACUGCCCGGUGGUGCAUGCAUGACAUCCGUACGGACUGCGCACAUGUGGCAUCCCCUAUGGACUGCGUACAUGCAGCAUCCCAUACGGACUGCACACAUGCGGCAGCCGUGAGGUCGCCAUGCGAGAAGCAGCCCAUACGGACGCCCAUAUGAAUGGCGCACGAGCGCGGCAGCCCAUACGGAUGCUGCGCAAGCGGCGCCCAUGCUAACUGCGCACUCACCCUUGGCUGUUCUACAGCUGGGGGGAGGCAGCGGGCCAUCUUGACACCCCUCCGAGUGGUGCCCGGGGCGGAACCGCCCCCUCCAUCCCCCUUCGUAUGCCCCUGAGUGUGUGUGUAGGUGCAAAAAAGGGAGUCCCAUUUAUACUGAAAAUAAAAUACCUGCACAGAAUGAAGGAAAUGGCGAAGCUGGCAUACAGAGCCCUUCCUAUAAUUUUGAAGGAAAGGAUCACCAAUCCACUUUAAAUUCUUUCACUGUAAUGCUUCAGCAGCCAGCCAUUUCGUAGGAAACAUGGGGGAGUGUUUAUUCCUUAAUUGUACAUGGAGACUUACACUUCUGCUCAGAAGGAAGUCCCACUGUAUUCAAUGGAGCUUACUCACAGGUAACUGGGUAAAGCCUGGGCAGCCUUACACUGCAAUCUCAAGCAUUUUUACUCAGAACUAUGUCUCACUCAGUUCGAUAGGAUUUACUCUCUGGUAUGUUCUUGACACGGGUAGCGCUGUGGGUUAAACCACAGAGCCUAGGACUUUGCGACCAGAAGGUCGGCGGUUCGAAUCCCUGCGACGGGGUGAGCUCCCAUUGCUCAGUCCCUGCUCCUGCCAACCUAGCAGUUCGAAAGCAUGUCAAAGUGCAAGUAGAUAAAUAGGUACCGCUCUGGCAGGAAGGUAAACGGCGUUUGCUUGCGCUGCUCUGGUUCGCCAGAAGUGGCUUAGUCAUGCUGGCCACAUGACCCGGAAGCUGUACGCAGGCUCUCUCGGCCAAUAAAGCGAGAUGAGCGCCGCAACCCCAGAGUCGGCCACGACUGGACCCUUUACCUUUUAUGUUCUUGAUCACUCAAAAUUUCCAUCAACAUCAUCAUCAUCAGUGCCAACCUGAAUAAAAUAUUGGGGGGGGGCAGGUAAGCCCCACCCCACACAAUCAAUCACAUGACACGGUGCACAUACACUAUAUGAAUGGCAAUGCCCAUCAACUUUGGGGGGGGGGCAGCUCCCUCAAAUAUUUUAUUGGGGGGCAAAUCCCCCUAGGCCCCUAGAAGUUGCCUCCUAUGAUGAUGAUUUCCCCCCCAUCUUUAUCCCUGACUGGGACUCAAGGCAGCUUGCUGCUAAGAUCUUAUUUCCUCCUAUUGAUCUGUGGAAGGUGCUGCAGAUAUUUUAUUGACGACAAUUCUGUGUGGUCAGUUUGGCAGAAAGGUUGACAUUGGCUCCACUGACCGAUGUAUAUGUGUCUAUGGUGUCUAUGGUGUAGGACAGAAUUUCCCUGUUUUGAUCUGAGGAAUGUUGGAGGGCACAGGCUUCUUGUUUUGCAAGAGGUGGAAGGCACGACUUUCAAAAUGGUUUAGAGGGGCUUUAAAUGUAUGUUGUGGAUGCGACCCUGAACUCUCUCCUGACACAUACGUUUGUAAGGAGGUACAUUUACAACAAAGCAGGUACAGCCCAGACGUAGGCUUAUCUCAUCAGUGAAAACUAGGUCAAAAGAAAACUCAAAAGCGACUGUUCAGAGGAGAGAGAGAGGACUAUAUGUGUGUGCGUCUUCAAUAACUGUAGAGGCAAUUAGUUCAGUGGGCUGUAAAACAACAAUCAUUUGAGAUGGAUUUCUGUGUGCCUUUUCAUAUUACAGUUUUCAUCCGCUGCUUUAUUUUCGUAGCCACUCUGAUAUCUUAACAUCGUUUUUUCCCCUACUAGAGUCAUUGCCAAACAUUUGAAAAUGUUAUAGAGAAAGGCAAAAAUGCUUGGUGCGUCACACGUACAAAUAUACACACGCAUACUCUCCCUACUCGACACCUUUUCCAGCCCUCCGGCUAAUAUUUUUUCAAAUGUUAAUGGUGCUUUUUACAAUUGUAUGAGGUUCGGGAAGGAAGAAACACAUCGUCUCAUGAGAGGGAUAAGAUCGGGAUCUUUUUUUAAAAUACUAGAGCUGAGCAGACAUUUUUCAAAAGACGCUUUUUCUGGGAUCAUGUCUUUUUUUUCUCCCUGCCCCCUCCCUAGAAAAAGAAAUAUAGGAAUACAGGAAGAAGGGGUGAAUUUAGGGCAGUGCAACCGGUUCCUCCUCACUGUGUGCUGAGCCUAGGGGGUGCUGCAAAUACGAUGUAGUGAUUUGAGCAGAACUGAAGGUGAGAGGCAAGGGGUGCCCUGAAUUUUGGCCUUGCAUAGGGCGCUGGUGAAAUUUGAAAGACCAAAGUCUGCCCCUUCAGAAAGGUGUCUACUACCAACUCAGCCAUUGGUCUAUCUAGCUCAGUCUUGUCCACACUGACUGACAGUGGCUAUCCAGGGUUUCAGGCAAGGGAAUAUUCCCAGCCCUACCUGGAAAUGCCUGGGAUUGAACCUGGGAUUGAACCUGCGGCCCCUGAGCUAUGAACCUUCCCUACAUCGGUCCAAUAUACCCGAAGGAGCGUCUCCACCCCCUUCGUUCUACCCAGACACUGAGGUCCAGUGCCGAGGGCCUUCUGGCGGUUCCCUCACUGCGAGAAGCCAAGUUACAGGGAACCAGGCAGAGGGCCUUCUCAGUAGCGGCACCCACCCUGUGGAAGGCCCUCCCAUUAGAUGUCAAAGAGAAAAACAACUACCAGACCUUUAGAAGACAUCUGAAGGCAGCCCUGUUUAGGGAAGCUUUUACUGUUUGAUGGAGUCCUGUAUUUUAGUAUUUUGUUGGAAGCCGCCCAGAGUGGAUGGGGAAGCCCAGCCAGAUGGGCGGGGUAUAAAUAAUUUAUUAUUAUUAUUAUUAUUAUUAUUAUUAUUAUUAUUAUUAUUGUGGUACCUCGGGUUAAGUACUUAAUUCCUUCUGGAGGUCCUUUCUUAACCUGAAACUGCUCUUAACCUGAAGCACCACUUUAGCUAAUGGGGCCUCCUGCUGCCGCCAUGCCACCGGAGCACGAUUUCUGUUCUCAUCCUGAAGCAAAGUUCUUAACCUGAACACUAUUUCUGGGUUAGCGGAGUCUGUAACCUGAAGCGUCUGUAACCUGAGGCACCACUGUAUUAUUAUUGCAUUUCCCCUGAAUAUUCACCAUUUCUUUUUCUUUUGGUAUGGUUUAACCAUCAAUCCUUCUUCCCAGGCAAACUCUGGGAAUCGCAGUGCUGAGUGGGGAACAGGGGUCUCCUAACAGCACUCAACACCCUUAACAAACUGCAGCAAUCAGGAUUCUUGGGUGGGGGGGGGAAGACUUCGGCCAGGGAUGUAGGAAGGGGGGCGGGGGGCACCCCAAGUAUCACCAUGGAGAGGGUGACAAAUUAUCAAGGAACAAUUACUGCCCUACUAGGGCAGUUCAUGAAAAACCUUUUUUUAAAAAAUGCCUGUUUCAAAGGUCUUAUUGUCAUGGUCCGGUCUACGGGUGAUCGAAGACCCUGCUGAGGAUGUUGGGACCGGGGGCAAGAUGGUGGGGUGGGAGCAGGAAUGAGAGUCCAGAAGCCAGGAGUCAGGAAGCCAAGAGUCCGAGGGUCAGGAAGCAAGGAGUCAUGAAGUCAAGGGUCCGAGGGUCGAGAAGCAAGGAGUCAAGAAGCCUAGGUCCGAGGAUCAGGAAGCAAGAAGCCAAACACAGCAAGGCAGGAAACGUGUUGUUGUGGCAAAGAGCCAAAGGGAAAUGCUGACCUUAUAUCCCUUCCUGGUUCUUGCCACAAGGUUACCAAGCGGCCUCACCUGUGCGGCCGCAUCUUGCCUCUCCAGAACAAACUUAGGAAGGCCGCAGUCCUGCGAAGCCCUACUGGUCACAGGGCCUGGCUCCUGCAGGCACUCCUGACACUUAUCUUACACCACUAGGGAUUAUAUAGUUAUAUAUGAAAUUUCAUGCAUACAAGUUAAUAUCUUGACCCUCCUCCACAAAAAUAGCUGUUUACUUGGCCGUAUUCCUAUGUCGUGAAGGGUGAAAUUUCAAUUCAGUGGAGCAGGGUCAAGAUAUACACAUAAUAUCUGUACUUACUGUGACAGCACCUGCACUUUGGAACUCCCCGCCUAUUGCAACAAAGCACGUGCCUUUGCUAGACUCUUUUCGGGCAGCUGCUCAAAGCAUUCUUCUUUAGGCAAGCAAUCUUAGAUGCUUAGGAAGCUGAAGUAAUUUUAAUCUUAAUAUUUUAGCUUUUGUAUGUUUUAAAGUAGGAUUGUUAUUUUUUCUUGAUUUUACUGCUGUGCUUUUUUGUUUGUUUUGGUGAACCACUUUGCAGGUUUUUAAAAAUAAAUUUUAUUAAAUAAAUAAACAAUAAAUAUAAAUAAAAUAACACAAGCCAAAACACAAGCCAUCCUGUAGAUUUAAGUAUCUGUCCACAGCCGCCUACUUGUUAUCAGAGGCCCAGAAUCCACAUUCCUUUGUAAGAAAAUAUGAAAUAACGUAAAACCAUUUUUGCAGGCAAAAGAAAUCACUGUGGGGGGAGGUGACAAAGAAAUUUUCCGCACUGGGUACCACCUGCCCUUCCUAUGCCUCUAGCCUUGGCUGCAUUAAAGUGGUAUGAUACUGCUUCAAAUGUCUAAUGCAGAUGGGAUGUUGGAUGGUGUGAAAGUUUGGUGUUUGUACCCGCCCAAAGCAGAAGAAGAAGAAGAAGAAGAAGAGGAGGAGGAGGAGGGGGAGGAGGAGGAAGAAGAAAGGGUGGUGAUGAGGAAGAGAAAAGCCACAUUGGCUAUAAUUUACUUCAUUUGGGUCUUUUCUCAGGGCUUCCUCUUUUGCUACAAACAUUGAGCCGGCUGACAGAACAUCGCUAAAUAGGAGGCGGCUUCUGCUGAUGGAUGCUAUGGCAGAAUCGCCGCAUGUUUAUCUACUUAACAGCCCCGCAGAGUUGCCAAGUUCUACAUCGUGCACUGAUCUUGCUGCGAGGCAGAAUUUAUACCUCCCCAUUUGGACAGUCUUAAUUUUUUCCUUCUGCCAAGAGGAAGACAGCGUAUUCACAAAGGCGAGAAAGAGAAUUCCUGCUAAAAAUGGAAUACUCUUGGAUGUGUAUGUUUUUCCUGCCUGCUCUUUACUUCUCCGGUAUCAGACAUGAGUUUUGGAAGUCAUUUGGAACCGUAACAGGAGCAUAAUGGGCCUUGCCUUAAGUGCAUUUUUUUGUGUGUGCUAUGAAAUCUGAUGGCCUCUCCUUCUUCUCUGGCCCUAUAAAUUCCCAAGGCAGCUUCCCAGAAAGGGAAAAAGGGAUCCUGCAGGAGUCUACGCUGUGCAGCAGGGAUUGGGAACCUGUGGCCCUCCAGAUGUUGUGGUCCAUUGGAUUGCUUGCCCACCUUUCAUCCAAAUUUUCCAGGGAGCGUUGCAACAAUAUAAAAAUGGAAGAUUAAAACCAGCUCAACCAUGCUUUGGUUGAGAUUCCUGCAUUACGGGGGGUUGGAACGUUAACAACUUAGGACCAUCAUGUACCCUCUCAUCUGCUUUGAUCUGUGAAAUUGGAUCUACUACAGGUGCCACAAUAAUACCCAUUCCACAUUUGUAAUAACUCAGUCAUUUAAUAUGGCAGUGGUUACACUUUGGAACUCCCUGCUUAUUGAGAUCAAGCAGGCAUCGCCACUGUACUCUUUUCGGUGCCGGUUAAAAACAUUAUUGUUUAGACCUGCCUACCCAGGCCCUAAGACACGGGUGGCGCUUUGGGUUAAACCACAGAGCCUAGGACUUGCCGAUCAGAAGGUCGGCAGUUCGAAUCCCCGCGACGGGGUGAGCUCCCGUUGCUCAGUCCCUGCUCCUGCCAACCUAGCAGUUCGAAAGCAUGUCAAAGUGCAAGUAGAUAAAUAGGUACCGCUUCAGCGGGAAGGUAAACGGCGUUUCCGUGUGCUGCUCUGGUUCGCCAGAAGUGGCUUAGUCAUGCUGGCCACAUGACCCAGAAGCUGUAUGUCGGCUCCCUUGGCCAAUAAAGCGAGAUGAGCGCCACAACCCCAGAGUCGGUCACGACUGGACCUAAUGGUCAGGGGUCCCUUUACCUUUACCCAGGCCCUAAGAGAGUUGAGGUCAAAUUAAUCUGUAUUCACAUUUUACAGUAUUUUAAAGACUUUGUUUCCUGUCUUGCCAAAGGCUUAUGCGUGAGGUACUUUCUAGAGGGCUUUUCACUGCUGGUUAAAUUAUUUUACUUCCAUGGAACAGAGGGGAGAAACAGGGUGUUUUUGAGCCCAAUUUCUCUGCAUGUGGGGAAAGACUAUAACAGGGGUCAGCAAACUUUUUCAGCAGGGGGCCGGUCCACUGUCCCUCAGACCAUGUGGUGGGCCGGACUAUAUUUUGAAAAAAAUAUAUGUAUGAAUUCCUAUGCCCCACAAAAAGCACACAUUCUACUCAUGUAAAAACACCAGGCAGGCCCCACAAAUAACCCAGAGAUGCAUUUUAAAUAAAAAGGUACAUUCUAUUCAUGAAAAAACACGCUGAUUCCUGGGCUGUCUGUGGGCCGGAUUUAGAAGGCGAUUGGGCCAGAUCUAGCCCCUGAGCCUUAGUUUGCCUACCCAUGGACUAUAACAUAUGUAUGAGAGCCAGUGUGGUGUAGUGGUUAAGAGUGGUGGACUCGUAAUCUGGGGAACUGGGUUCGCGUCUCCGCUCCUCCACAUGCAGCUGCUGGGUGACCUUGGGCCAGUCACACUUCUCUGAAGUCUCUCAGCCCCACUCACCUCACAGCGUGUUUGUUGUGGAGGAGGAAGGGAAAGGAGAAUGUUGGCCACUUUGAGACUCCUUCGGGUAGUGAUAAAGCGGGAUAUCAAAUCCAAACUCUUCUUCCUCUUCUAUGUAAUAGCUCAGUUGGCUGGACCAGUGUUUUUCAACCACUGUUCCGUGGCACACUAGUGUGCCGCGAGAUGUUGCCUGGUGUGCCGUGGGAAAAAUUGAAAAAUUCGAAACAUUAAAAAAAAUUAAAAAUUCAAAUUUUCACCCACUAGGCGGGCGCCGGACUGUGUCCUGGGUAUGGGGUGGGUGGGGUUUUUGACCCCACCCUCGGCCAGCAGGGGCGCCGAUUGGCGCUCCUCAGGGGGACACCCUCUACUUUUCUGAUGUCUGGGCUGUGAUUGGUCCAGACUCCAGCCUGGACCUAUCACAGUAGGACAUCAUCUUCUGACUUCCUUCCCGCCCGAGCACAGUGUGCGCAGCAGCGGAGAGAAGAAGACAUCGCGACUCGAGUCACCAGGAGGACCGGAGAAGUUGUCAUUUUAUUUCUCUUCAGUCUCCACUGAAUGCCUUGACUGGGUUAGGGACCCUUAUAGCUCAGCAUCAGUUGGUGGAAAGGACAUGACUUUACAGGAGCAGGAGGAACUAACUGAACUGAGACAAAAUCGUGGUUUCAAGCUAAGAUUUGCUGACCUACCUCUGGACAGUUUUUGGUUGGAUACUGCCAAGGAGUUCCCCCUUCUGGCAAACAAAGCUAUUUUGACAUUGCUCCCAUUUUCCACUACAUAUCUGUGUGAGAUGAGCUUUUCAAGCAUGAUUGCUAUAAAAACUAAAUACAGAGAG